AUUAUUUGAAAUUCGAAAGAUACAUAUUAUUAGUAAUGAAUACAAAUUAAUACUUUAUAGUAUAUACUACUAAUAAUAAUUUAUUGGUUUUUGUUUGAUAAUUUUAAUACUAGUGUUAUAAUUUAUAAAUCUGGAUUAGUAGCUUUCAUUUUUGGCGCUAAUAAUUUUGUUUUAAAAUUGACAAUAUCAAAAUAUGACAUUAUAGCGAUUGACGUAAAUAGAAGGACAGUUUAGUCAUUUGGGCGUUAAAAUGAGUGGUGGGCGGCAGCGAUCAUCAUUCAACGCUCAUUCAAAUCAGCCAACAGCUGAUUCUGGUAUACAUGGCCAAGCGUAUUUACUCGAAACUCUGACUAAUUGUACAGAUCCUUUGAAAGCUAUUGAAGAAUUUCAAGUCGACAAUGGCAUUCAUUUACCCUCACUCCGACAAAUGUUGCCGCUUCUUGAUCUGCAUGGUUAUCGACGUCUAGAUUUUCAUAACUCUAUAUUAGAAGCCCUUCGUGACAAACUGGUUGCUCACAUUGAAGAAAUUGGUAAAAAAGAAGGCCGCGAUAGAGAUCGUAAGCUCAAAGACAUGUUAGCUAAAAGUUUUCCUUCUGUUCACAUUAAACAACUGAGACCAAUAAUCAUGGCUAUAUUAAAAAACAUUUCUCAUAUAGACGAUAAGUAUUUAAAUGUUUUAGUUAAGGAUACUGAACUAUAUAAAGAUACGGAUACCGAAGUAAAACGUCAAAUUUGGAAAGACAAUCAAUCGCUGUUAGUCAACGAAGUUUCUCCCUUACUUACACAAUACAUUAGAGAAAAAGAAAACAUACUGUUUGAUCAUAAUAAUUUGACAAACUUGUUCUUUACUCCGUCUCCUAAAUUAAGACGUCAAGGAGAAGUUGUGCAAAAGUUAGCUCAUAUGAUUGGUUCAAGCAUAAAACUCUAUGACAUGGUUUUACAAUUUUUAAGGACAUUAUUUUUGCGUACACACAAUGUACAUUAUUGUACACUUAGAGCCGAGCUUUUAAUGGCUCUACACGAUUUGGAAAUCCAAGACAUCAUAUCCAUUGAUCCCUGUCAUAAGUUUACGUGGUGUUUAGACGCUUGUAUACGAGAACGUAAUGUAGAUGUCAAACGGUCACGUGAACUUCAGGGAUUUUUGGACAGCAUUAAACGGGGUCAUGAAACUGUACUCGGAGAUCUGUCCAUGACAUUAUGCGACCCUUAUGCUAUUAACUUUUUAGCGACAUCGACUAUCCGUAUUCUUCAUCACCUAAUAAACAAUGAAAAUCUACCUCGAGAAAAUCACGUUUUAGUAUUACUUUUAAGAAUGUUAUCCUUAGGACUUAGUGCUUGGGUGAUGAUUGAUACUCAAGACUUUAAAGAACCAAAACUUGAUAGUCAAGUAGUGACCAAGUUUAUGCCGGCGUUAAUGUCAUUAAUAGUGGACGAUCAGGUUAGAUCGUUAAAUACUAAAAUGCCUCUCGAUGAAAGAGAAUCUGCUAUCACAAUUAUCGAGCAUUCUGGACCCGUUCCGGACGCUGUACAAGCAUAUAUUCAAGAAAGCAGUGUUGCUUGUACCGUCGCUAUGUACUACACAUUGCACGUAGCUAAAGCUAAAGAUAGAUUAGCGUUAAUGAGAAUUUUAGGGUCGUUGGCUAGCUGUGAUCAUGACCGUGCGUUCGAAGAUCCGUUCCUUCAUUUUCUUGUAGCUUUAUUGAUACAGCAAGUCGAUGAGUUUGCAGCAGAAGACUUUUGUACCGUUAUAUUUGAUGAGUUCUUUUGCACGGGUCUUAACAGAGAAAACGUAGUUAGACACGUUUUAAAAUUAGUAUGGCAUGUUUAUCCUAAGUUACCGCCUAGUAGACUGAACACAUUGACUAAAGUCUUACAACCGAGUCCUUCGCAUGAUGAAGCUGUGCACAAGCUGUACAAUGAUUUUGUCGAGAAGAUAACCAGCGAUACAGAACCACCACCAGAGCCACCCAGUUUUGACUAUUUAGAAUCGCCACUGAUGAGUGUACCAACGCCUUCACAUUACUAAGAAUAAACGAAUAGAAUACGCAUAAAUAUUAAGAAGUUUUAAGUUUUGUACACUAAACAAUGUUUUGAUAUUUAUAGAUUUUAGCAUAUGUGCCAACAUAAAUAAGUAUUGUUGAUUUUAACUUUAAACAUUUAAUACAAAAUAAUAAUUCACAUACAUUUGUAAAGAACGAAAAAAAAAAAUAUAUAUAUAUAUAAUACUGUUAGGUAUUUGAUUUUUAUUUUAUAAAUUUAUAUGAAC